AUGCCGUUACGAUAUCUUCUCAGGUUAGUCUUGAAGUCCAUUUACCAGUGUUAAGUUUGUUCUGUGGUAGAAAUUUCCAGUUUACCAUUGUAAUUAAGUUGUGGUACAACUUAAAUAAUCGCAAGGAAAUUUCAUCACAUGAUGUUGAAACGUACACUGUACACUGACAGAGUGAACCUUAAGCUGGAAACGUCAGCUUUGGCUAAGCUGCAGAAUACCUUGCCCUGUCAUUUUACAUGUCACUGAAUAGGAAUAACGUUCAUUGUGUUGUGCCUCGAUCUUCAAAGCCUCCCGACACAUGUAAAUGAGGUGGACCAAAGUGGCAGGGUAUUCUGCAGUUGCUCUCUCGUUCGUUAAUUUAAAAUUCUAAGUCACUUUUCUGGGGUGUUAUUUGCAAAUUGAUUUUGUUUCCAUGUUUUAUAGUUUUCUGGCCAAUGAGCAAGUCGUUGAAAGAGUAAGUAAUGAACCUAUGAAACUUAUUGAGACAAAGCAAUCUUAAGAAAACAUUCACUCGAACAUGAUUAACUAAAUCUUGUUCAAGUGAAUGCUUUAACACAGAUGUUAAAGGCUUUAAAAAUUUUUUAAUCCACCUUUCCACCAUCAUUUAUUCUCAUAGUUUGGUUAUAUCAACUGAGUUGAUAAUCAUAAUGUAAAUUGAUCAUGGUUAAGAGUUUCUGAAGCUGACAUUUUGAGUGUUAGCCCUUUGUUAGAGGGAGAUUCUGAUGCAAAGGGCUAAUGCUCGAAACAUCAGCUUUAUUGUGGUCAAGUUACAUUAUCAACUUAGUUGAUAAAACCAAAAUUAUCUUGUAAUACCCCCUACAGAUGCAGCACAACAGUCUCUGUUGAAACUUGAACCAUUUUAUUAUUUUACAUUGCCUUAAUUUAAACCUACACGAAUACUUUUUCAUUAUUUUGUGAAUAUUCUUACAUUUUUUAAAUUUAGUACAUUAAAUUGUACAAUUGUAUUUUGACUUUCUUUUGAGAGAAUGAAUUAAAAUAGAUGUUCAGAAUGUUAUUUUUGUAAAGAUCAAGGUAUUUGGGCUUACCUAUUGCCCUUUUUUUUUAAUGAUCACCCUCUAAUUUACAUGAUGAAAUUUAAAAUGUAUUUGUUGUUUACAACAGUCAUAAUUGCUUGACUAAUUAAGGGUUGCUGUUCUUGACAGCUUGCUAAUUCAUACCCCAUUCGUCGUCUGGCUCAGCUCACACAUUACACCUACAGACAGGUAACACUGUGGGGUAAGUCAUUCUCUGGUGUGACUUAGGAAUUUAUAUGUAAAAGUUGUUAAAGUUCCUGGUUGUUUGAAAGGUGGGUAACACCAUCCUCUGGAUAAAUCACCUUCUGUUGGAUAGCACAGUAUGUUUUGUUAACACCUAUCUGCCAAAUAGCAAUUUAUCCAUCCUUUGUGCAAAUCAAGUCGAGGUGUUGACUCAGUAAAAUGGAGCAAAAUGGUAAAUAACAAGAUAGCAGUAGCAGUAGUCCAAUUUCAUUUUGUUAAUAGUUCACUAGUAAAAGCCUCAGAAUUUUAAGGAGCCAUGCUAGUCAGAAAUAAAUUAAUUGUUGUUAUUUGUGAUUAUUAUGAGGAUCAUCAUUACAACUUGAGAACCAACCCGCUUUCACGUCAAAAAUGAAAUCACUACCCCUCUAAAUUAAAUCAGAAAUAAUUUAGUUCCAACUCAAAUACAAGAUCUAUUUACUUUUGUUAACAGGUAAUGAUGCUCUUGAUAAAGCUGUCAAAUCAAGGGAGGCUCCAGAAAACGUUACGAAAAACAGCCAGAUGUCAAACAGAGUUGUUUCCUUCUCAAGGAAUUUUUUCAAAAAUGUUCAGGAAGAGAUAGAUAAGAUCCAACAGAAACCAAGACAGUGACAUUAUCACCUGUCCAUUGGUAGUCUUGUGUGAAAUCUUGAAGGGGUUAACCUUUUGCCUUUUUGUUCUAGAACAGAAUGGAGAAAGUUAGGAACUUAUGAGAUGGUUGUUUAAAAGUGACAGGGUGCAAAGAAAAUUGAUUUUUCAGUUUGCCCUUUGAAACCAUUUCCAGCUAGCCCUAAACCUCUUCAUACUAGCCUUUUCUCAUCUGCAGACAGAAAAGUGUCAAUCUUUUACUUGCCCUUUAAGCAAGUGAUAUAUUACAAUCCACCAGAUCAAGCGGAAGAUCAGCUUGCCUGGGGCAAAUGGUCAGGACUCUCUCUACAUACUGCUUGAACCCUGCAUUGUGGAUUAUUUUCCAGUUGUUUCAACUUGCUAGACCAUGGGACCAAAGAAAUGUGAACAGACAAAAGGAAAUUUAAGUUCCCACUUUCCAGAGGAUAUGGUUAAACUUCAAAAGAAUCAGUUGAAAAAUAUAUGUAAAUGCAAAGAGGGGCAUGAUAAUGUUAAUUUUUUGAUGUUGCUAACCUUUGAAAACUGGUUUUCAACAGACAAACCUAACCUUACUGAACCACAAGUGAAAUGAAGGGAUAUUUUUUUUUACCAUUGAUGUUUGUUUUCUUGUCUUAAAAUUUUUCUGGGGUGGAAUGUUCAAUACAGAUGAUGGCCAAAGUCAAAAUGCCUUUGCGGACUCCAACAUACCAUAAGUGGAAAAUUUUCUUUAGCUGCAAAUUCUUAUGUGGUAAAACUGGGGUUUUUAACUCUUACAGGUGGAACCAUUAGAUAAGAUUAUAGAGGAGCCUAUAGAAAGUUGACAAGAAAAAAUAAUACCCAUUGACUAUGUUAAUGUUUAAGAUAUUUUGUGUAAAUAUUGAUGCAUAUCUGAAUCUUUGAAUUACAAAGUGGAUUACAAGUGGCUAGAUAUCAAAUGGUCUAAUCCUUGACCUUCAUGUCACGGUUUCCUAAAUAGUUUUCCUCAGAAAAUUUACACAGGAUACUUUCAUACUAUCCAUUACAUGCGUAGAAUGAUGUUGUAUUUCUCAGACUGCAUAAGAACCAUUUUGUCAGCCACCUUCAUUGUUUUUCAGACCAUAAACAUGACUGUGGUAGCAUUGUACAGAUAACCAGGUCCAAAUUGCAAAAAUACACGUAAAGGUCAAAAGAUGCAUGAUAUCUCACUGGCA